GAGUGAGAGUGUGUGUUUCAGCAGCAAAAUGAAAUUGUAAGUGUUAAAAGAGCCAUGCCACACGGAAGAAGAUUAUUUGCAGGAGAUGCCAGCUAAGGAGCUUGCUUGUGCUGAGGAUCAAAAGUGAAACACAAGUUUGAAGUGCCACCACGGAUCAGCCCCCUUAAGGAUGCCAUGCAUCAUGUUUUUUCAAAGACUGACAAAACAUUCAAAUUAGAGGUGAAGUACCUCAAUACAGUGAAAGGACGUGGUGUAUUUGCAAAGGGUUCCAUUUGCAAAGGAGAUUUUGUUCUUGAAUAUAGGGGAGAUCUGAUAAAUGAUGCAGAAUCGCAGAGAAGAAGAACUUUACCACCCAUCUUGUGCUGCAUUUAUGUUUGAGUUCAAGUGGAAAGGGAAAACAUGGUGUAUUGAUGUGUCUAGAGAAGAUGGAUCAUUUGGGCGGCUAGCUAAUGAUGAUCACAGACAUCCGAACUGUGAGAUGAAGAAAAUUGACAUGAAUGGAAACCCACACCUUUGUUUGUUUGCCCUGAAUGACAUUAAAGAAGGAGAAGAAAUUACCUAUCACUAUGGAGGUGAAGACUACCCAUGGAGAACACAAGUGGCUGAAAAAACAGCUAAUGAUCUAAAUGUAGAGGAUUCCAGCAAGUCCCUCCAUUUAAAGGCUCCGAGGGAUGAGCACAAUGCAAAAACUCGCCUGCAGACGACCAGCAUUACAUCUAAUACCCUGGCAGUAGAUGACUCCGAUGCUUCCCUCCUGUCAAAGACACCGAUGGAUGAUGCUACUGGUCCAGACAACUCUCCUCAACUGAUUGUGACAGAUCUCCGAAACGAAAACGAGAUUUUUGUACCAAGACUGAGACGGACUAAAAGUAUCAUAAUGAAAGACACUGAUCUUCAAGACUCUGGUGAACUCUUUGAUUCUACACCAGAGAGUUCAGAUGAUUACAUUCCAGAUACCGCUUCCGAAAGUGACAGUGACAGUGAUGCUAGCCUUAUACCAAACCAGAUGAAACGUCAGCUUCUUGACGAUGAACUGGAUGUUUCUGGCUCAGUGAGUUCCCCUGUCUGUGACACAACAACAUCAGACAAAAUGACCUUUGACAGGCACAGCCUUACAUCUGAAGCAUCUGGAAAAGGAGAAGAACCCUGUUCAAGUCAGAACACAAAAGACAGCAUAGUUGUUAGUGCAUACCAAAAAAUAGGUGGCAGUAGAGUUUACAACAAGAGACAUUAUUGCUUGUAUUGCUGUAAGCCUUAUGCUAAAAUGGCAAGGCAUCUAGAAAGUUCACAUGAAAAUACAUCUGAUGUGGCUGAAGCUCUAAGCUUUCCAAAGGGUUCCAAGGAGAGAAAAAAACAGCUAGAUUAUAUUCGCAACAGAGGAAACUUUGCUCACAAUGCUGCUGUUAUGGAAUCAGGAAAGGGGGAACUAGUGCCAUUUAAACGACCACCUAAAGAAGUGCAGGGAAAUGACUUCAUGCACUGUGCAUACUGUCAAGGACUUUUUACAAGAAAGGUCCUGUGGCGACAUAUGCGUACUUGUAGACUUAAACCUGGAUCAGUCCCCCCCAAACCAGGAAAAAACCGUGUUCAGUCCAUGUGUACAUUCACAGGGCCUGUGCCUUCAAACAUGACUAAACAACUGUUGGGAGUAAUCAGUGCCAUGAAUCCUGACCCAAUCACAAAUAUAAUAAAAAAUGACCAAGUCAUUAUUGAUAUUGGGCAGCACUUGUUAAACAAAGGUGGGACAUCAGCCAAGAAUCAACAGUGUGUGCGAGAGAAGAUGCGAGAAAUGGGAAGGCUGAUUCACAAUGCCAGGAAAGUCACUACCUUAAAAAAAAUGAAAGAUUGUAUAAAUCCAAAGAAGUACAUGGAGACUGUCAAAGCUGUCAAGUAUACAUGUGGGUAUGACAGUGAAACCAACAAGUUCUUGAUUCCAUCACUUGCAAACAAGCUUGGGAAUACCCUAGUUAAAGUAAGCAAACUCUUAAAAGCUCAGGGUUUAAUCUCAAACAACACAGAGCUUUUGAAGAAGGCCAGUGAGUUUCAAGACAUCCAUCAGGAAAAGUGGAAUGAGAUGAUCUCUGCUACAGCAUUGAGGAACAACAGUGAAGCAAAGUGGAAUGUGCCCACUCUCAUGCCCUUUACUGAAGAUGUCCAAAAAAUGCAUACAUAUCUCAGUCAAUUGCAAGAUGAAUGGUACAAUUCACUCUCUGAAAGUUCCUCUACUAAAGCCUGGUUGGAGCUGGCAAAGGUGUGUUUAGCCCAGAUGAUUCUCUUUAACCGCCACAGGGAAGGAGAGGUGGCGAGCAUGCCCUUGUCUGCAUUUUCAUCAAGAGACACUUCUGAUCCACAUGAGAAUGUGGACUGGGCGCUCUCCGAAGUGGAAAAAAAACUCUGCAGACACUUCUCAAGGAUUGUCACCAGGGGAAAGCGUGGUCAGCCAGUUCCAAUUCUUCUGACUCCAGAAAUGCUGUGUGCCUUAGAACUCCUUGUUAAGCAGAGAGAGGCUUAUGGGGUUCUAAAAGACAAUGGUUAUAUGUUUGCAAGACCAGAAGCCAUGACACAUUUACGAGGGUCAGACUGCCUCCGUGGCUUUGCAAAGGCAUGUGGUGCAGAGUGUCCCAAAUCACUGACAUCUACCAGACUGCGAAAGCAUGCCGCAACCCUUUCAACAGUGCUGAAUAUGACAGACACAGAGAUGGACCAGCUGGCCAACUUUCUUGGACAUGACAUAAGAAUCCAUCGUGAGUUCUAUCGACUCCCUGUGAAGACCCUGCAACUUGCCAAGAUCAGCAAAGUUCUAAUGGCUCUCGAGCAAGGAAGAUUAGCUGAGUUCCAUGGCAAGAACUUAGAUGAAAUUGGGAUAGAUCCUGAUGAAAAAGUUCUUGACUGUGAUGAGGAAGACAGAAGUAUACAGGAGGGACACUGUUCAUCUACUGUUGAUGAACCAUCAGCUGAGGUGUCACUUCCUCCUACCAAGAGGAAUGAAAUGCCGCCACCACCCAAGAGACGCAAACCACUAUCAUCAGAUGAAGAGAUACCUUCAGGAGCCAGUGCUAUGAGGCCUUCUUCCAAAGGUAAAACUACCCAGAAGAAGAAAACACCCUGGCAGCAGACAGAGGUGCAGGCGGUGGAAAGGCACAUGAAGCAAUUCAUCACAUCUUGUACUGUACCAGCAAAGAGUGACUGUGAGAAGUGUUUAAAGGCUGAACUAGAAGCUCUAAAGAACCGGGACUGGAAGAACCUGAAAUUCUACAUUUAUAACCGCAUUACAGCCUAUAAAAAGAAAUUACAGUGCAAAUAAUGUGAAGAUUACCAACUCUCUGGUAUGGCAGUUUUUGUUUACAUUAGAAGCAGGGUAGGGAUUUCUGGCACAACUUCACCUACCUCCAAAGUGCAAGGAAGAGGGAAAAAAGUCUAAAGAGG